AUGAAGGUGAAGUAUAUGCUGCGCAGAUUUUCUGGUGUCAGAAUGGCUGGUAAUAAAAUAAAUACAAAGAAAAAGGAGGACAAGAGUAAAUUAAACAGAGGUACUGGCCAAGCUGUUGAAGAAAAUGAUGAUAUAGACUUUUCUUUGCUAAGAAAGCCCAUAUUAACUAGUAUAACAGGCUUUGCACAAGCAAGAAAAAUUUUUGAUCAAGCCACUGAAGAACUUAAGAGCUUACUGACAAAUGAAUGUGAUAUAUUAUAUGAAUGUAAGGUUUGCAGAAACAUAUUUAGAAGCUUAGCAAAUUUUAUAUCUCAUAAACGUGUAUAUUGCAAGGAGAGCUUUAAUUCCUCAAUACAUGGCCAUUUUAUUAAGGAAACUUGUACAAUCCAGGACUUAUUAAAAAUUAGAAAGUUAGAAGAGAGCUAUCAAGAGUCUCUAGCUGAAAAUAAUAGCUUAAAAUCUAUGGAUGAAGACGAGAAUGAUGAACAAAUACCAAUGUCUAAGGAUUUGACUGAAAUCUUAGAACGUAUUGUAAAAUCUAAAGGAGUUAAAGAUAAACAAAUCCAAGAUCAACAAUUGUCAUUCCAGAAAAUACCGAAGAGUUCAGUUGCUGUUUUUCAAAAUAUUGACACUAGGAAUUCAAGCACUGACAAUAUGAGAACUCAAAUAAAGGAAUUAGAUGAGAUUUUAUCUCAAGAAAAAGCAGUUUUACAAAGCGAUGGUACAUUUAAAGUGCAAAGUAAUGUGUCUACGGACAAUGUUAUACAGAUAAGUGAUGAUGAUGAAAAUGAAGACACAGAUGGACUUAAAUGUAAAAUAUGCGACCUUCAAUUUUCAACUCUCAAGACGCUUAAGUUCCAUAUGAAAUAUAAACAUGUGGAGAGUCGCCUCGUCUACCCGUGUCCGGACUGCGUCGACAUCUUUUCCACUUCUUGGAGCGUUUAUCGGCAUCUGUUCAAAGUUCAUAGAAAAACCGCAGCACAAAUCAGACGACUGCGCGAGUCGAUCCAAGCGAAAGCAUUCCGUAUGGACAAUCCGCCGGCUUUCUACGAGAAACGGAAGACUGUGCCUAAAGUUGUUCCGCCGCAGAAGAUCACUGAAGAAGAACGACUCGAUCAAGAGAACCAGGCGUGGCUGGAGGAGCUCGACGGCGAGGGCGAGGGCCGGCGCUGCGUGUGCGGGCGCACGUUCGAGCGCCGCGCCGCGCUGGCCGCGCACGCGCACACCUGCGCGCGCCGCCACCGCCGCCGCAUCGGCAUACAGAUACGCAAGGACUACCACAAGGAGCAGGCCAACCCCUACCUGUGCGCGAGUGGACGAGAUACCAAGAUAGUUCCAACAGUUACUGAAGAAAUACAACCAGUAAGUAAAACCAAUGACAAAGUUACUAAUGAAAGAAGUGAAGAAAACACUUUAGUCGAAGCAGAAAUGACUGUAAUAGAAAUUGCAAAAGAGCAAGACGUAGAGAAGGAUAUAGUUUCCGAAAUAAGUACAAUAGAAAAGCCAUUUUUCUUUGACAGCAUGCUUAUGAAUAAACUGCCCUUCGCCCAACAAGCUGAGAAGAGUAAUUUAAAUGCUUUCAAACAGAAAUUACUACCAGAUAUCGAAAAAGACCAGUUAAUGUGCAAGAAAUGUAACACUAAAUAUAAAGAAAUGAAUGAACUAUUAAAUCACAUGGCUGCACAUUACAAAUGGCUUCGAUACGCGUGUAAAUUGUGCAAUUUCAAACAUUUCAACUUUGAGAAACUUCCAGAACACGUGAAAGUUGUACAUAAAUUAAAAGGUGAUACCGAUUUCUACUACAGUACGGUUAAAGCAGUUGAUGGUACUGAAGCUUUGGAAUUGGCUGAUUCUACAGAUGAGACAAAUGAAAGGCAGGAAGUUAGUCCGGAUUCAAGACGACCAAGUAGAUGUUCAAGUGACUCGAGCCGAUUGUCUGAUGACAGUUCCUCCAGUAGUGUAAGAAUAGAAGGUUCGAGGAAACGUAAAGUUAAUAAAUACAGAAAUAAUGCGAAAAAGAAAAAGGCGACUUAUGUUGCAGAUGAUGUUGAGAUUAAUAAAGAGGAAGAAGUUAAAAAAGAAAAGGAUGUUAUGGUUAUAGAAAACGAUUCGUCGUCGAAUUCUAAAGUGUUUGAAGAGAACUCGUCCGAUUUCGAUGAGGUUGAUGAGAAAAUAUCAAAGCGUCAAAGUAUUGAAAAGACCUCAGUUGCAUCUCGUCGCCCUGUUCGUAAAAAAACUAAACCUAAAAAUGAAGAUUUUGAAUAUGAUCUAUCUAAUUUGUUAAAAAUGGAGGCGCAGGGGUAUCGAGGUUCUCAAACUGCCGUGACUAAAUCCCAUUACUAUAGGAGAAAAUCUCCACAAGAAAUAAUACAAAAUUAUGAAAUUAUCAAUAGAGAUUGUUGUGGAGCUCUAGUUACUUUGUCCUGGAAAUCUGCAGGAAAAUCACAAUGCCACAUGAAAACUAUUGGCGUAUUUGGUGCCGCUACAAAAGAAUCACGAAUAUCAAAUAUUUUCGCGAGACCAAUGGUACCUAAAGUGACAAAAACGGACAAAAUAUCUCCGAAAAAGGAUGAGAAAGAAAUUAAGGAAAAUAGCCCUAGUCCCGUAAAAGUAACAGAAUUGCCGAAUUCACCUAGUCCACAAAAAAAUGAACCUAAAAUUGAAAAGCAAGAAGAAUCAGAACAAAAAUCUUCUGAAACGUCUGAAUUAGAAGUUCCAAAAGAUGUUGAAGAUACGCCCGUUAAUGAUAUUAAAAGUGAAAUAAUCGUAAAUGAGUCCAAUAAAGAAAUAGAUGAAAUCAAAAACGUAGAAAGUGAAAAAAGAAAUUCAUUGGAAACUCCCAAACCCAAUAUAAAUGUACCACUAGUUCCUAUAAAAUUCCGCAGACAGAGCUUAGAAGUUAUCAAAAAUCCCCUGAUAAAGAAAAACAUUAAAGACUUUACAAAAGCCGGCAUGAAAACAAAAAUAUUAGUCAUUAAACCUAUUAACAGAAGUACUGAUGGGACAAAUUCUCGUAAUGCACCACUUAAAUUUCAAACAAUAAAACUGAAAGAUCCCACUAAAACUACUUCCAGUGAAGAGAAGAAAGACCAAGUUGUUGUUGUUAAAGUACCUAAAGUGGAAUGUGCUAUAAGUAAACCAGUACCUAAUAAUUCUUCAAAUGUAAUAUCACCGGCCAUUUCUGAAGCCGAAAAUUCUGUUACUGAAAAUAAAGUUAUUACAGAUACGCCACCCAAUGAAGUUGACAAUGUUGUACCUGAAAAAACAAAUGAUAACUCUCCUGAACAUGCAUUAUUUGAUGCUGAGUCAAAUACAGAAGUUGAUGAAGCUACUGUUGAUUCACAUAAAACUGAAAACCUAGAAGGUUGC